UAUCAGGUUUCUCUAGAAUUCUUUGUUCUCUUUCCCGAACCUGCAAAACUGAAUUCGCGAAGUAAAUUGGUUUUAAAAGUAAUCAUCAUGUUGGUCGCUGCAGCUGUCAUGCUUUUUGGUCUUUCAAGCUUAGUUUCUGGAGCAUUAGAUUCACCUCCUAAAGUUACUGACGUGGUUUAUUUUGACAUAGAGAUUGGAGGGACACCAGCAGGCAGAAUAGAGAUUGGAUUAUUUGGCAAUGUUGUUCCAAAGACUGUCAACAAUUUCAAGGCCUUAACUGUUGGACACAAGGAUGGAGACACAGUUUUAACAUUAAAGGGCAGCAAAUUUCACAGAGUAAUCAAUCGCUUUAUGAUUCAAGGAGGAGAUUUUACAGUAGGAGAUGGUACAGGAGGUAAAAGUAUCUAUGGAAACAGAUUUGAGGAUGAAAAUUUUGACCUAAAUCAUUAUGGAGCUGGCUGGGUAUCAAUGGCAAAUGCUGGCAAGGACUCAAAUGGUUCUCAGUUCUUUAUAACCACUAUUAAAACAGAGUGGCUGGACGGUCGUCAUGUUGUGUACGGAAAAGUUAUCAAGGGCAUGGAUGUUGUGAGAAGAAUUGAGAACACACCAACUGACAGUCGAGAUAAACCUAUAGAGGAUGUAGUCAUAGUCAACUGUGGAGUCUCAGAAGUAGCUGAACCAUUUACAGUGGAGUUGGAUGAGGCCAAAGAAUAA